AUGGAGACAAUUUACCGGCCGAUUGCCUGCUUCAUGUUGCAACUCUCGCAGUCCGACUUCCCCCACAUUGGCAGCUUGUCCCGGACAUCACAGAAGGGCGACUCUAAGUGCGCGGCUACGAUCCAUGCGCGGCCCAUGACAUGGAAGGCGCAUGAGACCCUUAAUGUUGGCAGAGUUGAUGUAUUCUGUUCCCCGACGACAACAUUCUCGUCAACAAUGGACUAUUUCGCCCACGUCGCAAGCAAUGACUGGCGGCAUCUCUGUGAGCAGUUGAAUUCGGUUGACAAUGAGAAGGAUGCGAGGGAAAAGUACCUCUCCUGGAGUGUCCUAGACGUUUUGAUUCCCCGUUUUGUUCCGAGGUACGACAAAGGGCCAUUCAAACUCAUCUGCGAUGACGUCGGCCCAGCCAAUAUGAUCGUCAAUAGCGCAGAAGACCUCAAGAUCGUUGCGACGCCCAAUACCUGGAGCGAAUCCGACGAGAGGCUCACAAAAUACAACCGAUAUCUGGACAUCUACUUGCAGAUCUUGGAAGAAGAGGAGAACGCGUACGGGGACGACGUACCCACUGAAGACAGACCAUCGGCUCUGAUGCGGCAGUGCAAAACAGACGGCCGGAUGUGGCUUCACCACAUCGUGUGGGAAGGCUUCAAUGGUCCAACCCACGUCCCAUUCGAGCAGCUUCGAGUCGCGGUACCUGAUUUUGACAAACUCCUGGCUGCGGUCCCGAAGGAAAAGGUUGAUGCCUUUGUUGAAACAAAGAUGCAGGACCUGGCAAAAUAUAGGACGAAGCUGGCCGAGAAGAAGGCUGGCCGAGAAGACGGCAUGACCGACAUGCUCCAAUAGCCUUGACUCUCCAUGAAGUCUUCCGCGGAGGACAAUACGGCAAUGACAUGGGCUGGGCUGGAAUCACCAUGAUGCAAG